AUGGCCACGGCAAGGUCCCCGAGCCCUUCCUCCGAGGACAUCCUCGACUCGACGCCGCUGUUGGCCAAUUCCGGCGGCUCCUCAGACGAGCUCACCUCCGGGCGCCGAUUCGCGAGGCGGCAGCGGCUCCGGCAGGCGGCACGGUUCCUCCGGCAGGCGAGCGGGCGCAGGAUGAUGCGCGAACCGUCGAUGCUGGUCCGUGAGGCGGCGGCGGAGCAAUUGGAGGAAAGGCAGAGCGAUUGGGCGUAUUCGAAGCCGGUGGUUGUUCUGGACAUCGUUUGGAACUUCGCUUUCGUGGUUGUGGCGGGGACCGUGUUGAUUUUGAGCGAGGGGGAAGCGCCGGGGAUGCCUCUGAGGUUGUGGAUUGUGGGGUAUGCUAUGCAAUGCGUCCUUCACAUGGUUUGCGUUUGCGUGGAGUAUAGGAGAAGGAGGAGGCAGCAACGCGCCACGGCGUCGGUUACAGCGCAGGAUAGGGUUGCGAAUAGCAGUGGGAAUUUGAGUUCGUCUUCGAGGGAAGGUUCUGCUUCUGGCUCUGUGCAGUAUGUGUCGUUGGGGCAACUCGAUGAGGAGGGUACUAGUGUUGCAAAGCAUUUGGAAUCAGCCAAUACAAUGUUUUCAUUUGUUUGGUGGAUUAUUGGAUUUUACUGGGUAUCAGCCGGUGGUCAAGAUUUAGCCCAAGAUUCUCCCCAGCUUUACUGGCUAUGCAUAAUCUUUCUGGGUUUUGAUGUUUUCUUUGUCGUUUUCUGUGUUGCACUGGCGUGUAUCAUUGGUAUUGCUGUUUGCUGUUGCCUUCCAUGUAUCAUUGCACUUCUUUACGCAGUUGCAGAUCAGGAAGGAGCAUCAAAGGAAGACAUUGACCAGUUGUCAAAAUUUAAAUUCCGGAGAAUUGAAAGCAAUGAGAAACAUACCGGUACUAUACAAGGACAUGUUGGAGGAAUAAUGACUGAAUGCCUGGCUGAGUCACCCAUCGAACAUGUUCUUGCUGAGGAGGAUGCGGAAUGUUGCAUCUGCCUUUCUUCUUAUGACGAUGGGGUUGAGUUAAGAGAACUUCCUUGUGGUCACCAUUUUCACUGUGUCUGUGUGGAUAAAUGGCUGUAUAUUAAUGCCACUUGCCCCCUCUGCAAGUAUAACAUCUUAAAAAAUAGCAACCUCAGUCAAGAGGAAGUGUAG